AUGCUGCUGAAGCGAGUAUUGGACAGCGGCAAGGUGCACGUCGACUGCCGUGAUGAGGACUACACGACACCGUUAAUCCUGGCGGCUGCCGGAGGACACACCGCUUGCGUCAUUGAGCUGCUGGAGCAAGGCGCCGAUCCAAAUGCCCGUCGAGUGACCGGCACGACGGCAUUAUUCUUCGCAGCACAGGGCGGUUUCGUCGACGUUGCCAGGAUACUGCUGAAAGCGGGAGCACCGGUCGAUUGCUCGUCCGUGGACGGCGGAACGCCCCUGUUCGUCGCCUGCCAGGGUGGCCACGAAGCCAUGGUAAGCGAGCUGCUAAGCCACGGUGCCAACGUGCACGCCUGCAUGAAGGACCGAGCCACGCCACUGUUCAUCACGGCCCAGAACGGACACAGUAUGGUGUUGAAGUUAUUGUUGGCUGCCGGUGCCAAUCCGGACGCACCUCGGAAUGAUGGAGCCACUCCAUUGUGGAUAGCGGCUCAGAUGGGACAUGAUCACGUCGUCAAGAUACUGCUCCACAAUGGCGCCCUGGUGGAUGCUGUGCGUUGCGAUGGCGCAACGGCCCUGUUCAAGGCGGCCCACAAAGGACACAGUGCGGUGGUACAUGAGUUGCUCAAGUUCCGACCAAACCUGGGACCUCUGGCCAACGGUGAAACGGCUCUUCACGCGGCAGUCAUGUUUGGUCACUUACCGAUCGUGAAGCAGCUCGUUGCGGCCGGUUCUGACUGUGGCAUCCCUAACCAAGACGGUUACACACCGGUGCAGAUCGCACGCCAGCAGAAGUUCGCCACCAUUCACCAGUAUCUGAAAGAGCGUGAGCAACAGAACGCUGGUGGAUUCACCAAAAGGACCCAAGAGGGCAGUGCUUCGGGGGCUUCAAAAGGCUCUCCUUCGGUGGCUAUUACCGGUUAA